GUUUCCCCUCUUUCUGGUCUCUUUUCUCCUUUGACCCUCGCCGAUCCUUUUCUCGACUAAUUACUUCUCGUUCAUCUCAUUUUGACUCACUUGCAUCAUCUAUCGUCAUCCAAUAACACAAUAAACUCCCCAUCCUACCUUUUGACUCCUACUAGGCGCCAUCAUUAUGCAUCUCACAAACCAGGAUAUUCCAAAGCUUGUUCUAAGAGGGACCCCUCGAGAGGUACUUUCUCUACCCUUCACACCUCUGAUCUAUCUCACGUACUGAAUGAGUGGCCAGAUUGGGCUCCAGCAUGGCCGUGAGCUCCGCCAACAAAUCCACAGUCAGCUGGCCGUUUACGAGGAGAUGUUCAAGCACACAGCUAAUAUGUCCUGGGAUUCGGUCCGAGAGCUGGCUCAGGAGUUUCGCACAGCCUCGGAGCAAAACACUCCUGCAGUCUAUGCCGAAAUGCAGGGAAUUGCGGACGCUUCCGGUCGGGAUAUCCUGGAUAUCGUAGCGUUGAACUGUCGCAGCGAGAUUGCUAUGGGCUGUUUCUCCGACGGGUGCACGAGCCUUUCGUGGAAGAAGAGGGAUGAUGCUCGCAUUCUGGCGCAAAACUGGGAUUGGACCAACCUGGUGGGGGAGAAUCUGGCCUUGGUGUCUAUCGAACAAGUCGGCAAGCCGAGGAUUCAUAUGGUUACCGAGGCCGGUAUCAUAGGGAAGAUCGGAUUCAAUAGUGCCGGCGUCGGCGUCUGUCUCAACGCUAUCAAGGCUCAUCCCUGCAUCAGCUCCAAGGUGCCCAUCCAUGUGGCGCUCCGUCUCUGCCUGGAGAGUCAAUCGGUGGAAGAAGCUGUGCAAGCUAUCGGGUCUCUUGGAGGAAUAGCCUGCAGUGCACACAUCUUGGUCGCUGACAGCGCCACGUCCCUAGGCUUGGAACUUUCACCGCUUGGGGACGUGCAUCUGAAAGAAAAUGAACAUGGGAUCAUCACCCACACCAAUCACUUCCUUGAGAAUGGCCAUGUAGUCGAGCCGGCAUGGAUACCGAGCUCGCCCUACCGACUGGACCGCAUUAAUCAACUGACAAACGAACUGGUUGGAAGUGGGCUCCACGGAGACAGCAUCACGCCCGCUCUGCUGCGAGAGACCAUAUUCUCGGACACUUGCAAUUCGCCAUAUUCUAUCAGCCUUCGUCAAGGGGACCCGAACCGUCACUGGACGGUCCGGAGUAUUACCCUGUUCAAUAUAGUUAUGAAUUUGGACGCCCGUUGCCCGGAGGCAGAACUUGUCAUCGGCCAACCGGGAACUGGCACGGAAAGCUCCGUUAUCAAAAUCCCUUGGGAAUAAAGGCAGACGUUCAUCGAUGUGGAAAUAUCCCGUCAUUUCCGAUAUCUACAGAGAUUUGUUGGAGAAGUCCAGAGCACGAACAAAGAAAUUAAUACUUAUUGACGAAUAACAAAGGCCAGCCAUGAUUUUCAACGGGGGUAAACAUGUCAAAUGUAGAUUUAGAUGGAAUUUCCGGGGUAACUCACACAAACAAG